AUGCUUGCAAGAAAGCUUUUCCCAAAUUUAUUGAAGCUUUCUAAAUUCACUCAAAAGCUGAUGUAUAGCCAGGUGAAAGUGACCGUCGGGGGACCACUGAUUACUCUUUCUAAUGGCACUAAAAUGCCCCAAGUUGGACUGGGCACUUGGCUGUCCUCUCCCGAGGAGGUAAAGGGAGCAGUAAAGUAUGCUAUCAAUACCGGAUACAGGUUGAUCGACACUGCUGCUAUAUAUGAAAACGAGGAUGCGAUCGGAGAAGCAAUACAGGAACUGAUUAAGGAGAAAAAGAUAAAGCGUGAAGAUCUCUUCAUUACAACAAAGGCUAGUAAGACAAUUCAAAUUGAACAUUUGAAUUGUUAA